UUUAUAUGAAAUUAGUAACAUUAAUAUAUUUCACUUUCUUAUAAUAAAUAUAUCCAUUGAAUUUUGGUUUGUAAUUUCCAUACAACAUCCCAUUAAAUAUAGAAAACACGUAAGUAAGUUUUUAUACAAUACAAUUCAAGGGUUGAAUGUCAGGAAAGAGUAAGCACGUUUUACAGAUAUUCCAUGAAUGAAUGAGUAAAUUGACUAUAAGAAUGAGCCACAUUGAAGGUUAUGUGUUUCCAGAACAUUUCUUGCAGACUGUUUGACCUUUUGACCAGUCAAAUAAUGGUUUCUACAAACAGGCAUGUACACGUCAGCACCAGCCACUACUUCUCUCUCUGUCUCCUCUGUUUUCCUUAAAGUAAAAAAAGCAGGCUUUCCACUAUGUGUUCAAGUUGAUUUACCAUAAAUAUUCGAUAAGUAAUGAAGGUAAAGUUAAACAUAAUGGGAUUCAUCGCGAUGCUCUCCCACUCUCCCUCGAAAACCAUCAAACAAAAAGUCAUGUCCGUAAUUCACGACUCAAAAGAACUCCAUAUUAUCUUCCAAAUCCAUGCAUUCCUUCUAAAAACUUCCUUACAAUCCGACAACUUCAUCAUCACCAAGCUGCUUCGGAACUUCUCUUUGAAUUCUUCAAACAAUUUGCUUUAUGCCAGAUCCCUUUUUGACGAAAUGCCAUGUCCAGACACAUUUCUUUGGAACACCAUGAUCAGAGCUUACUUAAAUUCCGAAAACCCCGACGAAUGUCUGUCUUUAUUUCACCAGUUGCGUCGCCAAGAUCACCACUUUAUAGACAGUUUCAGCCUCUCUCUUGUGGUUCAAGCGUGUGGGAGGUCGGGUUUUCUUCAAAACGGUCAAACGAUACAUACCCAGGUAUUGAAACUUGGUUUUGGGAAUGAUCUCUUUGUCCAGACGGGUCUCACUGAAAUGUACGUGAAAUUCGGGUGGAUAGAAUUUGCGAGGAAGGUGUUUGGUGAAAUGAAAGAUCCAGACUUGGUUUCGUAUAAUGUAAUGCUAGCUGAGUAUGUGAGGAUUGGGGAAAUAAGUUUAGCACGCCAACUGUUUGAUAAAAUGUCUCAAAGAGACUUGGUUUCAUGGAACAUCAUGAUCCAUGGUUAUGCCUCACUUCCCCAUGGAGGUAAAUAUUUGGUUUCUUGGAGCAAGCAGUCUCACGAGGCUUUGAAUCUCUUCCAUGAUAUGCAAUUAGCUAACUUUUUACCUGAUAAAAUCACAAUUGUGAGUGUGUUAUCCGCAUGUGGAGAUUUAUGUGCUUUAACUACAGGCAUGAAAGUUCACAAGUACAUAAUUCAAAACCGAAUCGAAAUAGACAUAAAGCUUGCAACUUCCCUUGUCAACAUGUAUGCAAAAUGUGGAGAUAUAAACACUGCAUUGAAAGUUUUCAAUGGCAUAAAAAAGAAAGAUGUGUUCUUAUGGAGUGCUAUGAUCAUGGGGUUUUCAAACCAUGGGUAUGGCGAUCUUGCACUCGAUCAUUUCAACAAUAUGAUAAAUGAAGGAGUUAAACCAAAUGGUGUCACCUUUAUAGGUGUUUUAAGUGCUUGUAGUCAUAUUGGUUUAGUGGAUAAAGGGUGGGAAUACUUUAACUCCAUGAGUGAUGUAUAUGGAUUAACACAAGAAAUGGAACAUUAUGGUUGCAUGGUUGAUAUUUUGAGUCGUGCAGGACAUUUAGAUAAAGCCAAAGAUUUAAUCAUGAAUAUGCCUUUUGAACCGGAUGUGGUGGUUUGGAGAGGGCUUCUUGGGGGAUGUAAGAUUCAUAAAAAUGUUGAAAUAGGUGAAGAUGUUAAUAGGAAAAUAAUAGCACUAGAAGGUUAUGAUGAUGGAAAUUAUGUGUUGUUAUCCGAUAUAUAUUGUGAAGGUAAAAGGUGGGAAGAAGCUGUAAAUGUUAGGAAGAAGAUGGAAGAAGUUAGAAUACAAAAGUCUCCUGGAAUGAGUUCAAUCGAGGUUGAUACUACACCCAAUCAAGAUCUAGAUUGACAGACAUUCUGUAUCAAAAUUCAUAAUUUUUUGUUCUCUACAGUAUCGAUAUAUUGUUAUUAUAAUAAUGAUUACAUCUAUACAUACAAUUUAUA